UCUUUUAGUAUUCAGCUUCAUCAUGGAGGGACACUUGCUGUUUGUCAUCCUCAUGUAUUCCUUUCAAAAGAUUCAAGUACAAGCUCUUCCUCAACCUAAACUGGAAGUGAAUUCAGCGAUGAUCACAGAGACAGACUCAGUCACACUGAACUGUCAGAGUCCAUCGGAUGUCCCUGUGUUUCAGUGUUAUUUCUACACUGUGAGGCAGGACUCUACCAAAAUCUUCUCAUGUAUGAAGACACUGACAGGGAGUGAGCUGCUAACGAUGGCAAAGCAGAGUUCACCUGCUGAGGUUAAAGUGAAAUGUUUCUACACUGUAAAGUAUGAAGCGGUAAAUAGUCCAUCUCCACACAGUGAAGCAUCCUCCAUCACUAUACACAGACCGAAACCACAGAUGAGUGCUCAACAUUAUGAUGGUGACACCAUUAUCUUUACCUGCUCUUUCCCUCCAUCUGCUAAUCUUGAUACAAGAUGUAACCUGUACUUUGGAGAAGCAAGUAGUCCAGUUGUGACAGAAAACAUCUGGAUGACAAUGAGCUCAAAGAAUCGGUGGUUCUGUCAGUUUACUGUCAAAAUUGACGAUUUUCAAAGACAUCUACUUUUCCUUCAAAGAAGAGAUGCCAGCUGUGAUUAUAGUGUGGGAACUGGACCCAACUCUCUGUCUCUUCGCAGUGAUAGAUACAGCCUCACUGAUAUUGUGGAAAAAGAAAGAAGCAUGGCCUCCAGAAGAUCAUUUUCUACUAUCACCUCAGAUUUGACUGAGAGCAGGCCUGGUGCUUCCACAGCUCGUGUGAAAUCAGUAACAGAUCUUGUGAAAAAGGAGUCACGCAUGACACAGUCUCUGCAGAUUUCCACUAUGACCACAGGUCAAACCAAGAGACUCCAUGUUUCCACUCCUGUACCUCCUACCAAAGAAAAGUCAGGAGUCAUUGUUACUAGAUCAAAAAACAGUGGUAGUUUUACCUCUACCUCCAGAACACCAGUACAACCGGAGUCAGGUGACACAAAUACUCAAAAAGUUUUCAUCAUAGUAGGUCAGACACUUCAUACGCCCAGCACUGAUUCUAGCUUGUUCCCUGCAACCCCAACAAAUCCAGGAUCAGGAGCAUCAGAAACAUGGAAGUGGAAACUGGUGGUAGCUGUGGCUUGUUUUGGAGGCGUUAUCUUACUGGGACUGGCACUUCUCUGUACCAAAAGAAGAACUGAAAGAUGUUUAAAGAACAGGACACAGGCCAAUGUCACUGGUAACGUACAAGUUAAGUAGUCAGGCAACAUCACUGUAUUAAUAUUCAUACAGUAUAAAGCAUAUAUAUAGUGUUCUAGUGUAUUGAAGUGUGUUUUACCUUCUGUUGCAGAUUACUUAAUGGACAUAAAAAAUAAUGACCAUGGAGGAUCGAUACCAGCAGGCUCUGAGAAACUGAACAAGCAAGAGUCUCAAAAUGAGGAUCCGGAUGUUUACCACGUGUACUCCACCAUCUCUGAGGAUCCACCUCCAUCAGCCCUGAGGGACAUGGUUUACAGCACCCUGCAGGCAUACUGAAAAACAAAAUUUUACUGCACAGAGAAACAGAAAAAAGAAAGCCCAGAGAACUGUCUUUAAACCAUGUGUUUUUUAUUUGUCUUUUAUGGUGGAUCUUAUAAUUUAAUAGUUGGGAAACUGAUGUGUAUAGAAUUGCCCAUUAGUUGAAGAGUGCCACAAGGCAUUGUCCUGGGCCCCUUCUUUUUUUUUCUGACACAAAAACAACCAGGUCACAUUUCUCAUGCACACAGUUUCGUUAUUUUGAAAGAAACAAGAAAUAUUUGUUAAUCAGUCAAAUACAUUAUAAAUCUGAUUGUCGGACAAAAAAAAGGCAAGGUGAGGAAUGUUGCUGUAGAACAGCAUAAGCUUCCUUCUUUAGUCGUAUUUUUAAACAAUGUGUGCUAGAUAGAACAUGGACAUCUUCAUAUAUUUUACUUUUUAAUUAAUUGAUAUUUAUAUCUCAAACUAUGUCAUUUAACAGUAAGACAACCAUUAGUUUUCUUUUUCUGUGCUUAUUUUUGGCUUUUUUUUUCUGGGAUUAUUUCACAAGUUAGCUACACAUGUUAGCUGUUAGAAAGCAAACAGAUGGAGAUGGAGACAGUUUUGCUAGCGAAGUUAAACAAGUGAUUAGGCUGAAUGGCUAUGGCAAUGCUGCGUGUCUGCAGUCUAGCUCACCU